AAAAAAGCAGACGAUGAUGACGAUGAUGAUGAUGGCCACGAUAACACCACCGUCUCCGGAACUUCCCUCAUCAAAGCUGACAUCCACAACCACUGGAUACCUCAAAACCAGCGUCUCCUCAGUCUCUCAAUCUGCUCGGAGAAGACGUCUCAACUCGACUCUGUUCUGUACACGACCUCCAAGCUCUCCGAGCAGCAGAGUCUUCUCUGCGUGCAGUAUCAGUAACCUCGUGGAAGAGUUUGAUCCGGAGAUUUUGGUAGAGAGAGCGUUGACUCCUCCGAGCUCUUGGUAUACUGAUCAUCAGUUCUAUCGUUAUGAGCUUGAUCAUGUCUUCUAUGGAGGAUGGCAAGCCGUAGGAUACACUGAUCAGAUUAAGGAUAAUCGCGAUUUUUUCAUCGGGAGGCUUGGGGAGGUAGAGUAUGUGGUGUGUAGAGAUGAUGAUGGGAAGAUUCAUGGUUUCCAUAAUGUAUGCUCUCACCAUGCUUCUAUCUUGGCUUCUGGAUGUGGCAAAAAAUCUUGCUUUGUUUGCCCUUAUCACGGAUGGACAUAUAACUUGAACGGAUCGCUUGUCAAAGCUACUAGAAUGACAGGGAUAGAGAACUUUUCUUUGAAUGAAAUGGGACUCAAGCCUCUAAGAGUAGCUGUAUGGGGACCUUUUGUUCUCCUCAAGGUGACCAGAGAAAUUGAGAGUGAUGGAUCAGUGGCAUCUGAAUGGCUAGGUUCUUCAGCAGGGAAGUUGAGUGAAGGUGGAGUUGAUUCCCAUCUUAAUUUUAUAUGUAGACGUGAGUACACUAUUGAGUGUAAUUGGAAGGUAUUCUGUGAUAAUUACUUAGAUGGUGGGUAUCAUGUACCUUACGCACAUAAAGGUUUGAUGUCAGGCCUAGACCUCGAAACCUAUUCUACAACGUUGUUUGAAAGGGUUAGUAUACAAGAAUGUGAUGGUGGGUCCAAGUCUGGUGGAGAAGAUGGUUUCGAUAGGCUUGGUUCUCAAGCUCUAUACGCUUUCAUCUACCCAAAUUUCAUGAUAAAUAGGUAUGGACCAUGGAUGGACACGAAUCUAGUGAUACCUUUAGGACCAAGGAAAUGCAAAGUUGUCUUUGACUAUUUUCUUGAUCCUUCUUUAAAGGAUGAUGAAGCUUUCAUCAAGAGAAGUUUGGAAGAGAGCGAGAGAGUUCAGAUGGAAGAUGUUGGGUUGUGUGAGAGUGUUCAAAGGGGCCUGGAAUCCCCUGCUUAUGACAAAGGAAGAUAUGCUCUUGUGGAGAAAGCAAUGCACCAUUUCCACUGUCUGCUACAUCAGAAUCUCAAACUAUGACACUCUA